UUAAAUCAUGUUUUUGUGUCGUAGAAUGCUAGUUACUGUGUAUUUAAUUUCUAUUCAGGCAGUUUUUAGGGUCGCCCUUUUAAGUCGCAGUGCACUCUGGGACUGUCCCUGCUCUUGUAUCGGGAGGCGCCGCUGAAACGAAACCGGACCUAGUAGACUGAAGUGGCCCAUCUCUCGUGCUGGCUCCUGUUAAUAUCCCUAAUAUGUCUGCCCGGGAGUCAUUCAACCCCGAGAGCUAUGAACUGGACAAGAACUUCCGCCUAACGCGAUUCACAGAACUCAAAGGCACUGGCUGCAAAGUUCCACAGGAUGUGCUGCAGAAACUUCUAGAAUCCUUACAAGAAAACCAUUACCAGGAAGAUGAACAAUUCCUUGGUGCAGUCAUGCCCAGACUGGGCAUUGGCAUGGAUACCUGUGUAAUUCCUCUCCGACAUGGUGGCCUUUCACUAGUCCAGACAACAGAUUACAUCUACCCCAUUGUAGAUGACCCCUACAUGAUGGGGAGAAUCGCAUGUGCCAAUGUUUUAAGUGAUUUGUAUGCUAUGGGCGUGACAGAAUGUGACAAUAUGCUGAUGCUUCUGGGGAUCAGCAACAAGCUAUCAGACAAGGAGCGAGAUAAGGUGAUGCCGCUGAUCAUCCAGGGCUUUAAGGACGCAUCGGAAGAGGCAGGCACCUCGGUGACAGGUGGGCAGACGGUCCUCAACCCCUGGAUCGUCCUGGGCGGUGUUGCCACCACUGUGUGCCAGCCUAAUGAGUUCAUCAUGCCAGAUAAUGCAGUGCCUGGAGAUGUGUUGGUUCUCACCAAGCCUUUGGGGACCCAGGUCGCGGUUGCUGUUCACCAGUGGCUGGAUAUUCCAGAGAAGUGGAAUAAGAUCAAGCUUGUGGUGACGCAGGAGGACGUAGAGCUGGCCUACCAGGAGGCCAUGGUCAAUAUGGCCAGACUCAACAGAACAGCGGCUGGACUGAUGCACACGUUUAAUGCCCAUGCGGCCACUGACAUCACUGGCUUUGGCAUCCUGGGCCACGCGCAGACUCUGGCACGGCAGCAGCGGAGCGAAGUGUCGUUCGUCAUCCACAACCUACCUGUGCUUGCCAAGAUGGCCGCCGUCAGCAAAGCCUGUGGAAACAUGUUCGGACUCAUGCAUGGCACCUGUCCGGAGACCUCAGGAGGCCUCUUAAUCUGCCUCCCACGUGAACAAGCAGCUCGCUUCUGUGCUGAGAUCAAGUCCCCAAAAUAUGGCGAGGGCCACCAGGCCUGGAUCAUCGGCAUUGUGGAGAAGGGCAACCGCACGGCGCGCAUCAUUGACAAGCCACGGAUCAUCGAGGUGGCUCCCCAGGCGGCUACCCAGAACGUCAACACUACACCCGGCACAACGUCCUAAUGUCCGCCCCUUUUCCCAGCCCUGCCCCAAGCCCAGCCAAAAACCUCACUACUGGUCUCAGCACAGGAUUCCACAUGGCAUCACGUUCUAGAACCAAUCUAAAGGGUGUGUAUAUAUGGAGUUGUGUACACACAAGACAUGCAGAGAAACAUUUCCUUGGUAUAUAUAUAUAUAUAUAUAUAUAUAUAUAUAUAUAUAUAUAUAUAUAUAUAUAUAUAUAUAUAUAUAUAUAUAUAUAUAUAUAUAUAUAUAUAAUAGGAAAGAAAACCUCAUCUGCUUUGGUACCAGGGCCUUAAGGGUAGACUGUACAUGGACUUGUCAAGAAAAAGUAAAAAAAAAAAAAAAAAAAGAGAAGUAUAAUUCAUUUAAAGAAAAGAAGAAAAACAUCGGAAACAAAACUUCAUUGCCUUUUUGUGUGUUUGUGUUGUUUUCUGUUACCUAACUGUCUGGCAGCUUAGGAGUUGAGCAAGCUUGUUUUUUAGGUGAUGCUGUUGAUUCAUCUUGAAUCUGUAGAAUACCUCUGAUUUGUUGCCCCGGAGUCUCUGAUUCAGAGGUGCUUUCACUAGCAACACGCUCUGCUAAUCCAGACAUAGGCAGGUAGACUUUGCGUUUGUCCACUUCACUGAGUGUAAUGCCUAGUUCUUUUUAGUAUAAGCUCUAUCGAGGCCUUUGGAAAGUUCAGAGAAUGUAAAAGGAUGGAAGUCAUGUCGCUGAUGUACAAAAGGAGGAUGAGCCAGGACGUGAUCUUGAAGUGUUUUGCUUUCGUUAUAUUUUUUCAACUGUAUGAUAUAUUUUUUUUGUACCCACCACUUCCCUUCCAUUGCUAUUUGAUUACAUAAAAAUGAUUUCUCUCUCUCUCUCUGCCACCCCCAUCUGUCUGCUGGAAGAACGAGACUGAAUGAAGCAAAACCUAUACCUCACUCUGCUCAAGCUCGACCCUCAGCCAUCGAAAAAUAACUGUAGAAAGCCCUGCGCUCUCAGUAACCGCUGCAUUGAGGGGCACGCCCACGGUUAAGCAUCAUUUUACAGCGAAUGUAAUUUCCGGUGAGAUGCAGUUUCUCUCGCUCUUUAACAUGUAUAAAUACAAAGGUUGUCUUUUCAAAGUAAUCGUUGGCGAUUAUGUUCUGUGUUUGUCAGUUGUUGGUUUUAUAAUGUACAGUUAUCUCUCCUGUUUGUCCCUCCCUCUCUGUCUGCUUUCCCUGUCUCUCUCUAUCUAUCUAUCUAUCUUUCAUCUCACUUUCAGCCUGUUAAUGGCGCUAUAAAAAAAAUGCUUUCUAUUAAACAAAAUCAGACCCCCUCAUCCCCUACCCAUCAAUAAAACAAAUCUUUUUUUAAAACA